GCCCGGUGCAUUCUCCGAUUAAAGGGAGGAGGAGGAGGGCAGAGAAGGAGCCCGGCCGCCAUUUUUUUCCCCGAACAGAAUUUAGCAGCAGAAAAACAGCGGCGGCAGCGCCACCUCCGCGCCCGCUGCGGCUGCCCUGCUGUCGUGCCCGGGCGGAGGGUAGGGCGCGAAGGCACAGGAUAAAAGGGGGCGAAGACGGGGAGAAGGCAGCGCCGCAGAGAUUAUUGCACCCUGUGUCCCACUUUGAAGAAGAGCGAGCGAGAGACCCUCCUUUGCAGUAGGAGGAGGAGCGGAGGCACCGCAACAGCAGUCGCCGCCGCCACUGGGGGGAGGAAAGAGGAGCACCUUCUUUCUCCCCCGCCGCCGCCUCUUCUUCCUCCUCCACCUCCUCCUCCUUUUCCUCCGGGGUGUGGGGUUGGUUGCAAAAGAGGAGACAACCUUCUCCCCCCCCUCCCCAAAUCCCUUCCUUCCCCAGCCCUUUUCCUGCCCGCCCGCCCUCCUUGCCUGCAGGAGAGCAGGGAGCAGGCGGGCAGGGAAAGGGGAGCCGGGGCUGGGAGGAAGGGGGGGAAAAAGGGGGAGCGGGCGAGAGAGAAAGAAAAGCAGCGGCGACGAAGACGACUACGGCGGUGGGAGAAGCAGAGGCGGCGGCAGUGAAGAGAACUCGGCUUCACUCGCCUUGUUUGCAAACUGCGCCCUUUUUAUUUUUUUUAUUUUUUUUGCACCGGGCCGGAUCCGCCCGGACUCUGCUCUCGGCUCCAUCACGUGGCUGCCCUCUGGCGAGGCAGUUGGAAACAGCAGAGCUGGCCUCUGCAACGGGAGAGGCUGGACUUCCCGUCUCUCUGUGCUGAAUGGCUACUAUGGCGCCCGCUCUCACUGACGCAGCAGCUGAAGCUCACCACAUCCGGUUCAAACUGGCUCCCCCGUCCUCCGCCCUGUCUCCUGGCAGUGCCGAAAACAACGGCAACGCCAACAACAUCCUUGUCGCCACCAACGGCACCAAGAGGAAAGCCGAGGAUUCGAGCCUAGACUUCCGAAAUAACUCUGCGAAGGAGGAGCUGGGAAAGCUGCAGCCCCUGGUGACGUCUUACCUCUGCUCGGAUGUGACUUCGGUUCCUCCGAAGGAGUCUCUGAAGCUGCAAGGGGUCUUCAACAAACAGACAGUCCUGAAGUCUCACUCUCUGUUGUCUCAGUCCUUCUUGAAAACUAGCGACCUCUUGGGGAGGCAACCUGUGUUGGAGCUGUCCUUGGAAAACCUAAAAACCAUGAGUACUAGUAGCCCAACUCCUCUGCCGCAAGCACCCGUCAAUGGCUUGGCUAAAAAGUUGGCUAAGAGCAACAGCUCCGAUCAUGAAAACUCUGCUUCGCUCAACGGCGGGAAGCGUGUUCCUCCUGCUACGACCCUCCAGGAUGUUGAUUCUAGUAGCCCUGGGGGGUCUAAUUUGGGGGACCUGAAAUCUGGUUUGACCAACUGCACUCUUCCACACAGAAGCCUUGAUGCAGAGCAUACCGCUCCCCUUAGCAAUAAUGGCACUGCAAGUAAGCGGAGCCACAGUUCCCCGGAGCAGCAGCAUGGGCUUGAAGGGGGUGGAGAGAACAGGCUGUUGCCAUUAUCUGGUGUGCCUGCUUGCUCCAAUCUGGGGAGCAGCAAACCAGAAGAGCAGAAGAUCUCCCUGCCAAGCAAUUCCUUCAGCACCCUAGAUUCAGAUACGAGGACGAGGGUGCUGCUGCGGCGGCAGGCAGACAUUGAAAACCGGGCUCGCAGGCUGCAGAAGCGCUUGCAGGUGGUGCAGGCGAAGCAGGUGGAGCGGCACAUCCAGCAGCAGCUGGGCGGCUUCUUGGAGAAGACUCUGAGCAAGCUGCCAGCUUUGGACUCCCUGAGACACAGAAGUCAGCUGAUGCUGACCCGCAAGGCGGAAGCUGCCUUGAGGAAAGCUGCCAGCGAGACGAGUACCUCAGAGGGCCUGAGCAGCUUCCUAAAAAGUGACUCCAUCUCAGAAGAACUGGAGAGGUUUACCGCCAGUGGGAUGGCUAACCUGCGGUCCUGUGAGCAGGCGUUUGACUCCGACGUGACGGACAGCAGCUCGGGUGGGGAGUCUGAUAUUGAAGAGGAGGAACUGACCAAAGCAGACACUGAACAGCACCAUGUACCACUGAGGCGAAGGUCAGAAUGGCGGUGGGCAGCAGACAGAGCAGCCAUUGUCAGCCGCUGGAACUGGCUUCAAGCGCACGUCUCGGAUCUAGAGUACCGAAUCCGGCAGCAAACGGAUAUUUACAAGCAGAUCCGAGCCAAUAAGGGCCUGAUACUCCUUGGUGAGGCGCCUCCCUCUGACCCUUUAUUAGGUGACUCAUCCCACACUCUUAGUGCUGACGUCAAGCCGGAGCCCGGGAUUGACAGACUGGGCACAUGCCUCUCCCAUUCGUCAGAGAACCUUUGUUCAUCCGUUGGCAAUACCCCAGAGUCCCUACCUGCCAAAACUUGUGGAGUGCCGAGACCGGUCAAUGGAGUUAUUAACGCUCUACAGCCAGGCUUGACAGAGCACGCUCAGGGAGACAGCUCAGACGCCGAUGAGUUGUUGCGCAAAAAGCAGAGGCUAAACGUGGCUUCUUCAGCAGCUGAUGGAACCUGUGUAGCAGCCCGCACUCGCCCUGUCCUCAGCUGCAAGAAGAGGCGGCUUGUUCGACCCAGCAGCCUGGUGCCACUCUCCAAAAAGGUCCAUCGCAACAGCAUGGGGCGGUGCAGCUGCGACGUGAACCCCUUGUGCGCCCUCUGUGGCACUCGGAGCUCAGUGCCUCCGGAAAUCCAGUACGAAGCCCCCUUGAUGGAGCGCCUCUCUCAGCUGGACUCCUGCAUCCACCCGGUUCUUUCAUUCCCAGACGAUGUACCAAUGAGCUUGCAUUUCCAGAGCAUGUUGAAAUCCGAGCUGCAGAACAAGCCCUGCGAGAAGAUCAAGCCUCCCAAAAGGCUCACGCUGAAGCAUCGGCCCUCCAUGCCUCCCACCAGUUUACCUGACUCCGUGCGCAAGGACCGCCACAAGCUGGUUAACACCUUCUUAGCUGCAGCCACUUGCUCGCAUCACAAAACCGAGCCAGACAAGGCACACAGGCAGCCCUUAGGCGAUCUAAGGGCUGCCCCCAAGGCCGAGAGAGCGCCAGAGCGCUCGCUUAUCCUGACUCCAGUUCAUGAGAAAAAGCGAUUGCGGGACAGCUCCUCCGAGAGAAGCGAAGUAUUGAAGCACCAUGCAGAUAUCGGAGGCCCCAGCUACCUCUCCAGCAACGUGGCCUCCGCGGCCCACAGCCCCAUUGUGCGGCAGUUGUCCACCUCCUUGGAAAACUCCAUCCCUUCUGCCAGCACGAGCUCGCUGGGAGCCUCCAGUGCAUCUCAGCAGCAGCCGAGGAGAAGGAGAGGCGAAAGCUCUUUCGAUAUUAACAACAUUGUCAUCCCUAUGUCUGUGGCUGCGACGACCCGCGUAGAGAAACUGCAGUACAAAGAAAUCCUCACGCCGAGCUGGCGUGUGGUGGAUGUCGGUGGCCUGAAGGUGAACCCCGAUGAAGACAACGAAGAGAUAGAGGAUCUGUCUGACUCAGCCUUUGCCACUCUCCACGCCAAGUGUGAGGAGUCGGAACGGGCAAGGUGGCUUUGGAGCACAACUGUGCCGCCUCAGCGGCGGGGCAGCAGGUCUUACAGAUCCACAGAUGGACGGACAACGCCGCAGCUGGGGAACCCCUCGACCCCACAACCAGCAUCACCCGAUGUUGGCAACUGCUACGCGCAUUCUGAUGUCUCCCACACCCACUCGCCACGCAGCCCCAUCAGCCCAGACAUGUUCUCUGGUCCCCACACCCCUCUGUCCCGGGACUCCAUGCGGCAUCUGUCCAGUGAGGACACACGAUGUUCCACACCGGAUUCUGGCCUUGAUGAACAGACUGUACAGCCCUGGGAACGACGCCACUUCCCACUGUCCUACAACCCCAAGACAGAGUGUGAGGACCAGUUGGAUCCGCACGACCGGGCCGCAAGGUCCACACGGCGCACCUCCGGCAGCAAGCCUUCCCGGGAAACAGACGGAGCUCCCACCUCGCCCACCCUCGCUUGCCUCAAGAGCCGGAAUCCAGGGGCCGUGGCCACAGUUCAGCGGCCGACCCACAGAUAAGAGAUGGACAGGAAGAUGAGAGCAAAAAGCAAUCCACCAAACUAACUCUUGGCAUUAAAGCUUCUGAAAUCUGCGUUUGAUAUUCAAA